AUCGUCUGUUCUUCACUAGAUCUACUAGAUCAUCUGAGGGACUGAAUCAAGAUGCUGCUGAUCAUUGAAGCUCUUCUUCUCAUUUUAGCUGCUCUAGGACAGGUAAGCUUGUGUUCUAGUAUGAAUAUUACAGACAUGAAUACUGAUGAUGUGAUCAUUAUGAUUCAUGUUGCUGCAGGAUUACAGCACUGCUGCUGUUGAAGGACAGAUAUUUCCAUUGGAUUUCGCACUGAAUUCAGUUGAUGAUCAAUAUGACGGUUGUACUGUGAAAAUGGCAGACCUGGUGAACACAACUUAUCUAGAGAAGGAAAAAUCGACCUCAGCUGAAUUUAAUAAGACUUGGCAAGAAGGUGAAGAGAAAGCCAAGAAAGCAGAGGAUAACUUGCAACAGAUUCAUUCAGUCGCCAUUCAUGUGUACACUAACAAAGACUCUAAAGUAUAUAGUAAUUUCACUAGUGCCACUCGUACUGACAAACAGAAAUAUAAAGAGGGGACAUUCAAGUGGUUUUCACUUCACUUUCUGUUAACAGAAGCGAUUCAGAUUCUGAAGAAAACACAAAAUAAAUGCUAUGUAACUUAUCGAGGUACAAAUGCUGAAUUUGAUGUUCAGAGCAAAGAGGUUCGUUUGAGCUCAUUUUCAUCCUCCUCUCUUGACCGUAAAGUAAUACAGGGUUUUGGAAAUAAAUCUUGUUUUGAAAUCUACACUUGUGAAGGUGCUAAUUUGACAAAAUAUUCAAAGUAUCCUGAUGAGAAAGAGGUGCUGAUUCCUCCAUAUGAGACGUUUAAAGUCACUGCUGUCAUGAACAGAUUAGAUCAGCCAGAUCUCUGGUGUGAGACCGUGUUUGUGUUGAAAAGCUCUGGAACAAGAAGUGACCUGAACUGUGCAUUGUUUAACAGUGGAAACCAUGCUACUUUCUUUAAUGUUUUACUAAUUUUGCAAAUUGUAUUUUGCAUAGUGUUUACCUAA